UUUGGGCCGCUAGGACUUUCGCGCCUCUCGCUCUACGUCACUGUGUGCGUAGGCGCCGAGCUUUCAAAAUGCAGCGGGAGUUAGUGAGUUUCCCGCUGUCUCCCGCGGUGCGAGUGAAGUUAGUGGCUGCGGGUUUCCAGACUGCCGAGGACAUCCUGGAGGUGAAGCCCUCCGAGCUCAGCAAAGAAGUUGGAAUAUCUAAAGAGGAAGCUUUAGAAACUCUACAAAUCCUAAGAAGAGAGUGUCUCACAGAUAAACCCAGAUGUGCUGGUACAUCUGUGGCCAGCAAGAAGUACACAGCACUGGAGCUUCUUGAGCAGGAGCACACCCAGGGCUUCAUAAUCACCUUCUGUUCAGCGCUAGAUAACAUUCUUGGGGGUGGAAUACCCUUAAUGAAAACAACGGAAGUUUGUGGUGUACCAGGUGUUGGAAAAACACAGUUAUGUAUGCAAUUGGCAGUGGAUGUGCAGAUUCCAGAAUGUUUUGGAGGAGUGGCAGGUGAAGCAGUGUUUAUUGACACAGAGGGAAGUUUUAUGGUUGAUAGAGUGGUAACCCUUGCAAAUGCCUGCAUUCAGCACCUUCACCUUAUAGCAGGAACACACAUGGAUGAAGAACACCAGAAAGCCUUGGAGGGUUUUACUCUUGAAAAUAUUCUUUCUCAUAUUUAUUAUUUCCGUUGUCAUGAUUACACUGAGUUGCUGGCACAAGUCUAUCUCCUUCCAGAUUUCCUUUCAAAUCAUUCAAAGGUACAGUUAGUGAUAAUAGAUGGCAUUGCUCUUCCUUUUCGACAUGACCUUGAUGAUCUGUCACUUCGUACUCGAUUACUAAACGGCUUAGCCCAACAGAUGAUCAGCCUGGCAAAUGAUCACAGAUUAGCUGUUAUUUUAACUAAUCAGAUGACAACAAAGAUUGAUAAAAAUCAGGCGUUACUUGUUCCUGCAUUAGGGGAAAGCUGGGGACAUGCUGCUACUAUACGACUUAUUUUUCACUGGGAACAAAAGCAAAGGUUUGCAACGUUGUACAAGUCACCAAGCCAGAAGGAAUCCACAAUACCGUUUCAGAUUACACCUCAGGGAUUUAGAGAUGCUGCUGUCACUGCUUCUUCAUCACAGACAAGUUCUUCAAAUCUCCGGAAACGAUCACGAGAACCAGAGGAAGGAUGCUGACCCAAAACUAAUGUUAGGAAUCUGGAAGCUGCCACUAUCCGUAGGCUGAAGGAGAACGGAAGAUGACUUGGAUCCCUGUCCAGCCUGAAGUCCAGUGAACAAACAAGGGGAGCAAAGUCACCAAGGAGAUGAAACAGACUCAGCACUGAGACAAGGGAGAAGAGAAAUGCUCCAGCUGAUUUGCUCUCCUAACUUACAGUUUCUUGUCAGUGCCUCCCACUGGGCAAAUGACAACUGAAAGACAACUGUCACUGAAGCCCAGUGACCGAAGUCUAAGCCGGUCAGCUCUGCAGCAGUAUGGAGUGGAUGGAACAAGGAAGGAAAGAAUGGGCAUGGUAGCAAAAUGGACAAGGUUAAACACAAGUCAGUUCUUUUUAAAAAUCAACUUUAUUGAGGUUUCAUUCAUGUACAGUAUACUCAUUUUCAAUGUAUAUUUUUAAGCCUUUUGUAUGCUGGGCAAGUGCUCUACCACUGAGCUACAUCCCUAUUAUCAUUAAUAUAUACUUUGAUAAUUUCAUAAUUCAUAUAAUCCCCCAGUUAAACUAGAUAAUAUUGUUGUCUUUUUUUUUUUUUUUUUUUAAGACUGUAGCUGUGACUGUGCUGGAACUCACUAUGGCAGACCAGAUUGACUUUGAACUAACAGAGAUGUAUCUGCCUUUGUCACAUGAGUGCUGAGAUUAAAGACAUGUACCACCACACUCAGUGAGAGAACAUGUUUAGUGAAUUUACAGUAUUAAUUCUAGCUCCUUUCCUGAUUUCUCACAUUUGGUUAGUUUAGCCUUUUUCGUUGGUCACUUGUUUUUAUUGAGAUGUUCUGAUUAUGUAGCCUAGACUGACCUUAAACUUGCAAUCCUCCUGUCUCAGCCUCCUGCAUGCUGGUAUUACAAACAUGUACUACCAUGUACACCACCUCUGGUUUAGUCUUGCCUAUUUUUUAGAAUACCAUAUGGGUCAGGUGGUGGUAUAUGUCUUUAAUCCCAGGACUUGGGAAGCAGAGGCAGGUUCAUUUCUGAGUUCAAGGCCAGUCUGGUCUAGAGAGCUAGUUCCAGGAUAGCCAGGGCUACAAAGAGAAACCCUGUCUCAAAAAC